AUGGGAGCUAAGCAAUCGACCCCGUCAGAGAUAACCAUAUACAACGAACCGCAAAUUCGGGUAAAUAUAUCGCUACUGGCUCCUUUUGCUGAAGAAUUAACGCACCGAUGUAACAUUGACUUUCAAUUUAGUUUUCACAUAAUUUGGUCAAUCAAUUACAAAGAGAGCGGUUGGUCAAAAAAGCUCCAGGAAGACAAUACACGAAAAACUUCUAAGCCAUCAACGCGACUCGAUACCAAUGAGCCGAUAUUACCCGAAGAAUUGGACAGACUCGUUCGUGCUCGUGUCGAAGAAGAACUAAAUCGAAUUAGAGAACGAGAUGAGGAAAUUCAACAACGUGCCAAGGAAGAACUUUUUGAGAGAACAAUAAUUGAGGAUAGUGGUGCCAACGCAGUUGUAACGGAACGUGAUAUACAGGAAUUGAUUUUACGAGUUGAACGAAAAUUCGAAAAUAAGGUGUCGCCUGAUUUAAUUGAACACCAACAAGCCGUAAUCUCUUGUUACAAGUAA